CUUCCACCCGUGCAACUCCAGAGGGUCAAGAGUGAGCUAAACUUGCCUACUGGCCGAUAUGUGUGUGACCGUCAAAAUAUAUCCUCCAGACACAUGACGUGGCGCCCUCUUCUCCGAGGUUUAUGUUGAGGGCGGGUGGUAUUGACGACAUUAUGAUAUUCUCCGACAUCCCACAUAACUGAACUUUUUGGCUGGUUGUAUCGGCAUCAAUGGGCACCUUUCCUAACACAGCUCCUCGUUUGUCUAGUUAUAUUCUCUUCGUCUAUGAUGCUCAAUUUAAAGCAGGUUCUCCUUCGGGAGUCCGAAAUUAGCUCAAGCACCCAAAGACACCCCUUGUCAAAAAUAACUGCCACCCGAGCUCAGCUACUAUGUUGGCCUGUAUCGACUCUGUUUCUCCUCGCAAUUCUCCCUGCCUCGGUUAAUCUCCCCCCGGUCAAUCCUGUCUUAGGACCCAGAGCCGUGGCCCAGCAUUACCGAGAUCACUAUCAAGGAUUCCGAGCCGGCGUCGCCUUCGUCCAUCUAUCCGCCGUCUUCUACCCGUUUUAUGCCAUCGCCGUCAGCACGGUCCUAUCACACAUUCCAAAUGUCAAUCCCGUCCUUGUCAUGGCUCAAGCAGCCGCAGGCAUCGCGAUCGGGGUUACAUUCAUGACCUUGGGCGUUCUGUUCGGCACAAUUACGUUCCGACUCGACCGAGAUCCGCCACUAAUUCAACUUAUCAGUGACCUCGCCUGGUUAUACUUCACCCUGUUGAGUGCCAUGCUGAUUGUUCAGAAUAUUUUGGUUGGCAUCCUGAUUCACUCAGACUGUCGACAAAGGCCUAUUCUGCCGGUUUGGCUCGCAUGGGCUCAUUGGUCAACACCUGUCGGCUGUAUUGGGAUUUGGGUUACGCAUUGUUUUCAACGGGGUCCUUUUGCGUGGAAUGGGGGGCUUUCUUUCUGGUCGCCUGUCGUCGGGUAUAUUGCUCAGGCUUUGGUAAAUACGGUGUUGUUUUGGAUUGCGGCUGGGGAGAUUGAAGAGGUGUCGAACUAGCUUGACGGUCUCGUUUCCAUAUUCUUCAAGAAAGUGGGAGACGAUACUCUGUUGAAUGUAGGCAUCCGAACGGGGCUAUGAGUCGCCGCCGUAAAGGCUAAACAUGCAGGCCCAGUAGUGUUGCUAUUGAGCCAGAAACUAGCCUUUCUUUUCAUAGACCAGUACCAAAGACAGAGAGGCGAUAAACAUCUCAAACUGAAUGCCUAUAUAUUAUUGUUUGGUC